CCGAUGUCGUCUGGCUUUUUGUGGAUGGUGGCAGAGCUCGGGAGCUCUCUGCUGCGUCUGCGCCUCUGCGUCCACCAGAGCCAUGGGUUCCGUGCGCCUCUGAUUCGCGGCUUGUGUGCCGAAUGCUCUUGAUGGCCAUGUCUUGUUAGAACGAUUCGCUCCUGCACUUCUGACCGCAAUCUAGCGUCGAACCUCGAACAAACGAACCUCUACCUCUGCCCCUCAAGAAUUUUGCCCCGGAGCCCCCCCUUCGUGCUCUCUCCCUCCCUCUCUCCCCAUCUCCCCUCUCUCUCUUUCGCUGCAAUCCUAAUCGGGCUCUGCUUCCAGUGCAGCCAUGGCGACCGCUGUGAUGGGAGUCGGCUGUGGCUGUGCUCCCGUGGCUUCCACGAGGGUCUCCUCGUCGCUCUCAUCCUCUGCGUCUACGCCCGUUUCGUCCUCCCAGUUGUGCUCCGCUCCGGCUUCGAGGUAUCGAGUGAAAGCUAGCAGUUCGCUCGUGCUGCACAGCGCUUUCACCUCACAGACCUGGUCUAUCCAAUUUUUCACUGGCGGAGCCGGUAGACUGGCGCUUGCUGCCGCGGUGGCAUCAGCAUGCAUCACGGAUGGAAGGAAUGGAGGUGGAGCUCUUGCAGCCCAAGCCAACAUAUUUGAGCGGAUAGUUCGAGUUGUCAAAUCUUAUGCAAAUGCGGUUGUGAGUGCCGCGGAAGACCCUGAGAAGCUAUUGGACCAGACUGUGAAUGAAAUGAACGAGGAUCUUACGAAGAUGAGACAAGCUUCAGCCCAGGUUUUGGCCUCACAAAAGCAGUUGGAGAACAAGUACAAGGCAGCGCAGCAAACGGCAGAUGACUGGUAUCGGAGAGCCAAGCUUGCCCUAGAGAAGGGUGAUGAAAGUCUAGCUAAGGAGGCCCUAAAGCGAAGGAAGGACUACGAGGAAAGCGCGAAAGCUCUGAAAAAUCAGCUGGAUCAACAAAAGGGUGUGGUCGAAAAGCUCAUUUCGAACACAAGGCUUCUGGAAAGCAAGAUUCAGGAAGCCAAGUCCAAGAAGGACACAUUGAAAGCCCGCGCCCAGUCUGCCAAGACUGCGCAAAAAGUGAAUGAGAUGCUUGGUAACAUCAACACGAGCAGUGCUCUUGCAGCUUUUGACAAGAUGGAAGAGAAAGUGAAUGCUCUGGAGGCUGAAGCUGACGCCUUGAACCAGUUAAGCACUGACGACUUGGCAGGAAAGUUCGCACUCUUGGAAGGUAGUGACGUUGAUGACGAUCUGGCUGCUUUGAAGAGAGAUGUUUUGGGCACUCCAGCUAAGAUUUCGGGAGAAUUACCUGCAGGACGCACAAGUGCGAGCAGCUCUAGCAGUAGGCCAGAGUAUCCGUUCAAAGAUUUCGAAAUUGAGAAGGAGCUGAAUGAACUACGAAGGAAGACCAACGAGCUAUAAUCAAAAUGAUUCUCGUCUGUGGUAUAGAACUGCAAGUAGCGCUUAGAUGGUAGUCCACUCUACCAUAGUGGAUGAGGAGGUGUAAUGAAAAAGUCCCCUGUUGGCAUGUUGCCCCACCCGAAAAGUUGUCUAUCUCCAUGGUAUCUUUUUAGCUUGGCAAAGUUGUAGAUUAUUGAACUCUUAGCUUUAUCCAUUAUGCAUCGAUUGAUACGGAGUCAGUGCCUGGCCUCCUUAUCUAGAUGUGAGUUUUGGCUGUAAAUGGUUUGAUUCUUAGAUCUUGGUAGAUCUUGGUAGAUCUCUACCUAUCCUCGCAUUGUUGAUGUACCGUAAAUCGAGGCAGCCUUGCACCUGCCUGUCAAAAGAGGUCUUCUUACAUGUUAAAGCCAGGACUUCUGGAGAUUCUGUGUGUUUUACGCUCUCAUUCAUUUUAUGUAAGAUAUUUCAGG